CAGACGUGCCUUUGCGAUGUGUUGAGCAGCUCCUGCCAAGGACUUGAUGCCUUCUAAAAGGAACCUUUUCCCUGCCGAGGAAGGCUCGUCCUCCGUUUCUUUCUCAGAUGGAUUUCACACUGGAGAUUAGCGGGAUGCCCUAGCUUCUCAGUGUCACUGCGGAUCCUCCGUUCCUUUGCCCUGCCCUUCUGAACGGAGCAAUGGAAAUGGAUAUGAAGAAGUUCACAGUGCGUCGGUUCUUCUCAGUGUAUCUCCGCAAGAAAUCUCGCUCAAAGAGCUCAAGUCUAAGCAGAUUUGAGGAAGAAGGAAUUGUGAAGGAGAUAGACAUCAGUCAUCAUGUCAAGGAAGGUUUUGAAAAAGCAGACCCAUCGCAGUUUGAGCUGCUGAAAGUGUUGGGGCAAGGCUCCUAUGGAAAGGUAUUUCUUGUGAGAAAAAUCAAAGGAUCAGAUGCUGGGCAACUGUAUGCAAUGAAAGUGCUCAAGAAAGCGACUCUGAAAGUUCGAGAUCGUGUACGAUCAAAAAUGGAAAGAGAUAUCUUGGCAGAAGUGAAUCACCCUUUCAUUGUAAAACUUCAUUAUGCAUUUCAAACAGAAGGAAAGUUAUAUCUUAUUCUAGAUUUCCUGCGAGGAGGAGACCUUUUCACCAGACUUUCCAAAGAGGUAAUGUUUACAGAAGAAGAUGUCAAGUUCUACUUAGCUGAGCUGGCCUUGGCUUUAGAUCAUCUUCAUGGACUUGGUAUAAUUUACAGGGAUUUGAAACCAGAAAACAUUCUUCUAGAUGAAGAGGGACAUAUUAAGAUUACAGACUUUGGCCUGAGCAAGGAAGCCAUUGAUCAUGACAAGAGAGCUUAUUCGUUCUGUGGGACGAUAGAGUACAUGGCCCCAGAGGUGGUCAACCGGCGAGGACAUACACAUAGUGCGGACUGGUGGUCUUUUGGUGUCCUAAUGUUUGAAAUGUUGACAGGAUCAUUACCAUUCCAGGGAAAAGACAGAAAGGAGACAAUGGCUCUCAUUCUCAAAGCGAAGCUGGGAAUGCCUCAGUUUUUGAGUAUAGAAGCUCAGAGUUUGCUGCGAGCGCUUUUCAAAAGAAAUCCAUCCAACAGAUUAGGUGCUGGCCUUGAUGGUGUUGAAGAAAUUAAACGACAUUCUUUCUUUGCCACCAUAGACUGGAAUAAGCUCUACAGGAGAGAAAUCAAGCCACCAUUUAAACCUGCAGUGGGAAGGCCAGAGGACACCUUUCAUUUUGACCCUGAAUUCACCUCAAGGACACCAACAGAUUCCCCAGGAGUUCCCCCAAGUGCUAAUGCUCAUUACCUCUUCAGAGGAUUCAGCUUUGUUGCCUCCAGCUUGGUUCAGGAGCCAGCACAGCAAGAACUGCACAAAAUCACAGUCCAUCCCAUUGUCCAGCAGUUACAUGGAAACAAUAUUCACUUUACAGAUGGAUAUGAGAUCAGGGAGGACAUAGGCAUUGGUUCUUACUCAGUAUGCAAGAGAUGUAUACACAAAGCCACAGAAACAGAGUUUGCAGUGAAGAUAAUUGAUAGGAGUAAAAGGGAUCCCUCAGAAGAAAUUGAGAUUCUGCUGAGAUAUGGACAGCACCCAAACAUCAUCACUCUCAAAGAUGUCUAUGAUGAUGGGAAAUAUGUAUAUCUUGUGAUGGAGCUGAUGCGAGGAGGAGAACUCUUAGACCGGAUACUUCGACAAAAGUGCUUUUCUGAACAAGAGGCUAGUGAUGUCCUUUGUACCAUCACCAAGACAGUGGAUUAUUUGCAUUCCCAGGGAGUUGUCCAUCGAGAUCUGAAGCCUAGUAAUAUCCUCUAUAUGGAUGAGUCAGGAAAUCCAGAGUCAAUCAGGAUCUGUGAUUUUGGAUUUGCCAAACAACUGAGAGCUGAGAAUGGUCUGCUAAUGACUCCAUGUUAUACAGCCAAUUUUGUAGCACCUGAGGUCCUAAAACGGCAAGGCUAUGAUGCAGCCUGUGAUAUUUGGAGCUUGGGGAUUCUGUUGUACACCAUGUUAGCAGGAUUCACUCCUUUUGCAAAUGGUCCAGAUGAUACCCCAGAAGAGAUUCUGGCCAGAAUUGGCAGUGGAAAAUACGCACUUACAGGAGGAAAUUGGGAUUCUGUAUCUGAUGCUGCCAAGGAUAUUGUGUCCAAGAUGCUUCAUGUAGACCCCCAUCAGCGCUUAACAGCAGCCCAAGUUGUAAGGCACCCAUGGAUAGUAAACAGAGAAUAUCUUUCACAAAAUCAGCUCAGUAGACAGGAUGUUCAGCUCGUAAAGGGUGCAAUGGCAGCCACCUACUUUGCUUUAAACCAAACUCCUCAGGCACCAAGGCUGGAACCUGUAUUGUCCUCCAAUCUAGCACAGCGGAGGGGGAUGAAGAGACUGACCUCAACGAGGUUGUAGUGGUCCCAAAGAAAUUCUGGUUUUAAAACCCCCCACAUUAUAUUGAUUUGAGGGGCUGAUCUACAUGAAGAUGUAAAGUGAUCCUUUGCUUUCAGGGGUUUUAUUUUUUUGUUUUCUUUCUUUUUUCUUCUUUUCUACAUUACCACCAAGAUCCUGAGUUAGCAGCUACUAAAAAUGUGCCAAUUUUUCACUUGAUAUAUUUCUCCUUAAUUAUGUAUAAACUAUUAAGGUAUUGUUCCUACCAUACCCCUUCUCUUUCUCCCCAAAAGGAUUUUUUUGGAAUCACUUAGGUGCUCUGUAUGACCACAUUUUAUAAGCAUGUUUUCCAACAGGUAACAAAUAGGUUUGAGCUUAGAGGUCAGUUAUACCAUUUUAUGUGUCAGAAGUGUACUGGCACAGCUAGUCCAUUGGUACAACUGACUAUCCUCAGCUGCAGGGGAGCAGCGAAACAUACACUUGGUGAAUGCAGCAAAACAUACUUUGAUACAAAAUCAUUGGCCUGCUAAAAGUGGGUUCAAGUGAAGUAAAAAAGAACUCCUGUGUAUUAGCACUUUCUCUGCUUCUCAAAAAAAUCUCUUUGUACAUGUUCAUGUAGAAAUUAACACAAAAGGGAGAGAUCAAGGUUGCAUGUGCUGGGCCCAUCUCCAAUCUCCACAUAUUUGCUCAGAACCUGCACAUAAACACCCCAAUAUGCAUAGGUUUCUGUUCUUGCUGUCCGUAUGCUGGACAAAAUAGAAGGUAUGGAUCACAUACACCAGAUUCUGCAUGCAUUCUGUCUGUAUGCAGUAAUGUUCUGGGAAAAUGGAAGUUAGGAGUGGAGUUAAGAGGUGUGGGCGAAGGGAACAACCCCUUCAUUUCUUCAUUCUUCAUUUCUAGGUCUACACAGUUAAAUGCAUGAACAGGACUAAGCAUACUAUAUUGCAGACUUGCCCACCACCAUCUAAUUGAGAUUUUUCUUUGCCUGUUCAGUUUGAAAUAAGAGUUCAUAAUGUCAGGCUGUCAAAAUCAUCUAAUCCCCAACUGGCAGUUGAGAAAAAAAAGCUGUCACUGAAGAAAGUUCAGAAAGCAAAUUUUACACUGUUUCCCUGUAUCAAAGUAAACAGGCAUAUAGUGGUGUUUUUCUUCCAUCCAGCGCAAGUGACCGGCAAAAUGGGUCAACCACUUCCCACUGACAUUGAUGGCAAAGUUAUCAUGGGUCAGUCAGCCCAGCACAGACUUAAAUCCUUUGAAAUCUGUGAGCUUUUAGAGCAGCCAAUGCUGUGCUGUAUGGUGGUAAUUAUUUUUAGCACUUUAUUUUGCUUUAUUUUUCAAAAUGGAUUUUGUCAUCUUCUGAAACUUUACAGGAGAAACCAGCACACUACUUUCAUUUCCUCUCAUGGGGAAAGCCUAUAAAGACAGAAUAUCUUAUCCUACAGAUGAAAUUUGUCAUGCUGAGAAAUUAGGCCAUUCCAUUUCUAGCUGAAGCAAGAGAAAAGGACUGGCAUGAACUACUGUUAUGUGCUUCUUAUGGUUUGUUUCUUCAUUGACCUAAAUGUUGCAUAAGUUAUUUCAUUGUAUUUUGUCCUUGCUAAUGUUUUAUUUUCAUGUGCUGUGCACACAAGAUUGCCAUAGGGCAGCUAUUCUCUUGAAUUUUGAUUUUUAGAGUAAAACAUUGUUAUGAAACUCGUAAGAUGGAUGAAGUGGCUUGAGCAUAAGAAGAAGGUUGGACCUUCUCCUCCACCACCACUGCUGCUGCUGCUGCCUCCUUUGCAGGUUGGCCCUGUUCAGCUGUGACACCUUGUGUGGGGACUGCAAGCAGUAGCCUGCUGGUUGGGACUGUUCCGCUGGAGCACAGCUGGCUUCCCACCCAGGGUUGUGGUGGACUGAGUCUGUGGUGUUGGCGUCUCCUCAGGAGGGGGGGACCUGCCAAAGUGAAGGGGGGAGCGCUCCCCCCACCCAAUUUCAGGCAGGCUGAGGCUGACCCGGCCAGGGACGCAAGAGGGGCUCAGGGUGGGGGGCGAUUUUGCGUCCCCACAUGAUCAAAAGAGUGGCGUCCGCAGACAUGUGACCCCACACAUCCCUCUGGCAGAUAUGCCACUGUAUAUGGCUUUAGCUAUAUGUUUUAUGACAAAUGUCUAUAGCCUAGCAGUACAAACCUUCCCUGCAAUGGAGGUGUUGACCAAUCAUUUCUUAACAUGAAAUGAAUUCAUCUUUAUAGGCUCAAUUCCAAUUACUGAUUUCCCUGGCCCUCACCUUUCUAAUGCCAAGCUAUGCUGCACAAAGGCAAUUAGGCUAGUUUAUUUGCUCUUUAUUUCACCUCCUUUAUAACAAUUGUUGUUUUCCAUCAAGUUGCAGCUGACUUAUGGUGAUCCCAUAGGGCU